AUGGCCCACACACUCCCACCUCUGCCCUACGCCUACGAUGCCCUCGAGCCGUACAUCUCGAAGGAAAUAAUGACGCUUCACCAUACGAAGCAUCAUCAGACCUAUGUCAACUCCUUGAACGCGGCUGAGGCCGCCUACGCCAAGGCAUCUACUCCAAAGGAGAGAAUCGCCCUCCAGGCUGCAUUGAAGUUUAACGGAGGAGGCCAUAUCAACCACUCGCUCUUCUGGACUAACCUUGCUCCUUCCAAGAGCGAGGGCAAAGGCAAUGGUGGCGUUCUUGCUGCCGGCCCCCUCAGCGAUGCUAUCGUCAAGGCUUUCGGCACCCUGGACAACCUGAAGAAGGAGUUCAAUGCUACCACAGCCGGCAUCCAAGGUUCUGGCUGGGGAUGGCUCGGAUACAACCCGAGCACCAAGCUUCUCGAGGUUGUCACCACCGCUAACCAGGAUCCUCUCCUUACCCAUGUCCCCAUCAUCGGCGUUGAUAUCUGGGAGCACGCUUUCUACCUCCAGUACAAGAACGUAAAGGCUGAUUACCUCAACGCCAUCUGGAGCGUCAUCAACUUUGAGGAAGCCGAGAAGCGCCUGCUUGAGGCCACCUCCACUUCCAAGCUGUAA